AUGGAAAAUGGAAGAAAUCAAAGGAAAACAAGGAAUACUGGUAUAGCUGGUGGAAAUGGAUGGGGAAAUCAACUUAAUCAAUUGAAGAGUCCUUCAUCGAUUUAUAUUUCAGAUACGGAUAAUCAUCGUAUAAUGAAAUGGGAAAGAGAUGCCAAAGAAGGCGUGGUGGCAGCUGCUGGAAAUGAAGCUGGAAGUAGUAUUGAACAACUGAAUGAACCUCGAGGAGUAAUUGUUGAUGAUUAUGGUCAAAUCUAUGUAGCAGAUAGUUUGAAUAAUCGAAUAAUGCGUUGGAAUGAAGGAAUGAAAGAAGGUGAAGUUGUUCUCGAUGAAAAUGCAGGCGAGCCAACAGCUUUACGAUUUGAUUCAGAUGGAAAUCUCUAUGCUGCUGAUGAAGAGAAAAACUGCACUCGAAAAUUUGAUUUGAUUGUUCAAUGGAAAUUCUUUUUCUGA